GUCCAAGCAAUGGCAGGUAAUUUAAUUUAACAUAAAAUUAAGUAUAUUAGCUUCUUUUGAAAUUCUAUUCUUUACCAUUCAUCUGCGCGCGCAAACGUUGAUGAUAUUUUAAAAAUUUAAACAAUUGAAAAUAAAUGUCAAAUACUUUGCGCGUUUUAUUUUACUUGUUUUGAAAUUUUUAGAGGCCGUACGAAACGAUACGAUGUUUUUCUGUUUUUGGAAAGAUAAGAGAAAGGUAUUAAGAAUAUUAACAUUACUUCGAAUUCAUAUACUUUAAUCACUUUCUUGGAUUUUCUAAAGAUAAAGAGGUAGGUGUAUAUUGUUUAGUUUACUAAUACAUCUUAUCAUAUUUUCUCCUCAGAUAAAGACACUUGUAUACAGAAUAUACAAGUUAAAGGAAAAAUAAAUUAAAAAAUGCAAGACAAUAUAUUUACAUUCGUUUGUUCCACAAUUUUACGAGGAUAAAACAUUUAUGUAGUAAAAAGAGGGAAAAAAUCAAGAUGUAAUGGAUUUCGAAGAAAAUCGUGGGAAUAUAAUUAUUCCUAUUUACCACGAAGAAACAUUACCGAAGUAAAUCACGAAAUAAGAAAUUUCUCUAUCCGUUUGUCCUCGAGUUUUUCAUUACUAUUCGUUUUUUCUUUCAUUCAGGGUCACAUAUAGAAGAAGAAGAGGGAAAGUAUGCAAUUUCUCCCCUCCUGUGAAUAAUAUGCGCCUUCUUGACACCUCUCGAUGAUAUAUGAAAGAGCACAUGUCACCUGCUACUCAUUACACCCACGUCACUCACUAAUGUCCAUUCGUAAUUGUUUAUUACAAUAUAAAUAUAAAGUUUCAACGUAACGUAUCGUGUUUGAUGUUGGUAUCGAAUCGAACGGUUUAACUAAGUACAUAUAUACAUACAUAAGUGUAAUGCAAAAAGUAUCGGUUAGUUGGAAAAACAAUGAAUGGUAAAAGCGAAAUGAAAAGCUCCAGUGAACCAAUUAAUUAUAUUCGCUCAACGAAUGUGACAGAGGAGAUACAUCAAGUGUCGAGAGAAAAACGAGGAGAACAUUAUGGAAAAUUUAAAGGAUUUCGUGGAUGUACCAUUUGGUUAACGGGACUUUCAGGCGCUGGCAAGACUUCCAUUUCGUUUCACCUCGAGAAUCACCUUGUUUCUCAGGGUAUACCUGCAUACAGUCUCGACGGUGACAACAUACGUGGGGGUCUGAAUCGAAACCUUGGCUUCAGCAAAGAGGAUCGCGAAGAAAAUGUACGAAGAGCGGCAGAAGUAGCAAAAUUAUUCGCAGAUUGUGGAAUAAUUACCAUCUGCAGCUUCGUUUCACCGUUCGAGGUUGAUAGAAGACUGGCCAGAAGUAUUCACGAGGAAUUUAAUUUAAGAUUCUUUGAAAUCUUUGUGCAAGCUUCGGUGGAGACCUGUGAAGCAAGGGAUGUGAAAGGUCUCUAUGAAAAGGCUAGAAAAGGUGUGAUUAAAAGCUUCACUGGUAUCGGUCAGGAUUACGAGGCACCCAAGCAUGCUGAUUUUGUUGUAAAUACCGAAGAUCAUAGUUUAGAAACUUCGAAGAAAAUGGUCAUUGAUUUUCUUAUCAAAGAAGGAAUUAUUCCAAUGAUACCGGAACCUGUCCAAGAAUUGUUCGUCCCAGAGGAAAAACUGGAAGAUGUGAAACGAGAGGCAGACAAACUUUUCAGUAUUGAAAUUAAUGAUAUUGAUUUGCAAUGGAUUCAAGUACUUGCCGAGGGUUGGGCAAGUCCACUCAGAGGUUUCAUGAGAGAAGAUCAAUAUCUAAAAUGCCAGCACUUCAAGAUCAUCGAAGAAGGCCAAAGCAGCAGAGUCAUUAAUCAGUCGAUACCAAUCGUACUUCCGGUUACCACGGCUCAAAAAGAAAAAUGUACAAAUUCAACAGCGUUGACAUUGAAGUAUCAAGAUCGAGAUAUUGCAAUCUUAAGGAAACCGGAAUUUUUCGCUCAUCGAAAAGAAGAAAGAUGUUGUAGAGAAUUUGGGACAAAUGAUCCUGGACACCCGUACGUAAGGAUGAUACAUAAUUCAGGUGAUUGGCUAAUUGGAGGCGAAUUAGAAGUUUUUGAACGAAUUCGAUGGAACGAUGGUCUCGAUAAAUACAGACUGACCCCUAAUGAAAUUCGAAAAAUGUGUAAAAAAAUGGGUGCCGAUGCUGUUUUUGCUUUUCAAUUAAGGAAUCCGAUACACAAUGGCCAUGCACUUUUAAUGCAGGAUACAAGAAGAUACCUUGUAGAAGAACGUGCUUUCAAGAAACCAGUUCUUCUCUUACAUCCUCUGGGAGGAUGGACAAAAGAAGAUGAUGUACCAUUGCCUGUAAGGAUAAAUCAACAUCAAAGUGUUCUCGAAGAGGGUGUGUUACACAAGGACACUAUACUUGCCAUUUUUCCAAGCCCCAUGCUCUAUGCUGGACCUACAGAGGUGCAAUGGCAUGCCAAAGCAAGAAUGAUGGCAGGAGCAACCUUUUAUAUCGUUGGACGAGAUCCCGCGGGUCUGCCUCAUCCUGAUAAAUCAAAAACACCAGAUGGCAAUCUAUACGACGGAACCCAUGGGUCCAAAGUUUUAUCGAUGGCGCCAGGACUGGAGGGUCUUGAAAUAAUUCCGUUUAAAGUAGCGGCAUAUGACAAUAGAGCGAGAAGAAUGGCGUUCUUCGAACCAGAACGAUCUCAGGACUUUAGUUUUAUCUCUGGCACUAAAAUGCGAGCUUUAGCGAAAUCCGGUGAAAAUCCACCGGAAGGAUUCAUGGCACCAAAAGCAUGGCGAAUCGUCGCGGAUUAUUAUCAAGAAAAAUUACGGAACAAUUAACACUUGGAAAAACAGCACAACAUAUUUUUCGUUCAACUUUAAUUUAAUUACAAUUAAAAUGAUAAACAAUUAAAUGGUUCGUCCUUUAUAAAAGAUCAAAUUUACACCUGGUAUAAAUAAAUAUAUCAAAGUAA